UUUGUUAAAAAAAAAAAAAAAAUAAAGAAAAAUAUUUUGGGCCAGUUUUCCUUUGAUAAAAAAAAAAUAAAUCAGGAGAUACCCAUUACCAUUUAACACCAAAUGAAAGCGCACAAUUUGUCCUGAAAAAUACAAGGUAUAAUUCACCUGGAUGUACAAAGUAGUUGUGAUGAUAUGUACGGUUUCACUAACACAUGUCAACAUUGAAAAAUUGUGCUUAGGAGUUAAGAUUUGCUUUACCCUUAGGCGUGAAGGGGUUAACCUA